AUGGAAAACGUUGUGGUAUACUACUUCCCCUUCAAGGGUUUGGGUGAGGGAAUCCGUAUGCUCUUGACCUACGGAGGACAGAAGUUCGAUGAUCAUCGCGUCCCAAAAGAGCAAUGGCCGGAUUUCAAACCAAAGACACCUUUCGGCCAGAUGCCAGUACUAGAGGUCAACGGCAAGAAAAUGAGUCAGACCCUGGCCAUCUGUCGGUACCUCGGCCGCAAGUAUGGCAUCGCUGGCGAGAACCCUGAAGAGGCUUUUGAAAUCGACCAGAAUAUGGACUUCUUCACAGACAUCAGAGUUAAGGCAUCCACUGUUAUGUUGGAGCAAGACCCAGCUGUCAAACAAAGGAUUAAAGACGAUUUAGAAAAGAACUACUACCCAGUAGCGUUGAAGAAACUUGACGAAAUCAUCGGAAACAACAACGGACAUAUUGCUAAUGGAAAGUUAAGCUGGGGUGAUUUCGUCAUCGCUGGUGCCUAUGACGCCAUUAAGAACCUUCUACUCCAAAUGCCAGAACUUGACGAGAAGUAUCCUAAUAUCAAGAAGCUCAAGGAAAACGUAUUAUCCCUACCCAAAGUUAAGGAGUACGUCGCCACAUCAGCUCCCAAAACCGAAAUGUAA